AUGUCAGCCCCAAACACAUGGGGUGCGGUGGCGCUUGGUACAGCUGCUGGAGCGUUGGCAGGUGUUGGCUUGGUGCUUUGGCAGAGCAAAAAGAGCAGCGUGAAGAAACCUGUGGAUCCCAGUGUCAUGGAGCGGCUGCGCAACUCCUUGGUGGUACCGGUGGUGUCUAUGCAGGAGGCCUCCGGGGCUGCUGCCCUGGCCCAAGCGCUGGUGGAGGGUGGAUUGAUGGCAAUUGAGGUGGUGUUCCGCACUGCCUGUGCUGAAGACGCCCUGCGGCGGAUGGCGGAGGCAGCGCCUACAGCACUGGUGGGUGCGGGUACCAUCCUGAGCCCAGAACAGGCCCAGCGUGCAGUGGCCGCAGGGGCCUGCUUCAUCGUGUCCCCGGGACUGAAUCCCGAGGUGGUUCAGUGGUGCCAAGCCAAUGGUGUGGUGGUUAUCCCAGGGGUGGCCACACCCACCGAGGUGGAAGAAGCCAUGCGCCUUGGUUUGGACGUCCUGAAGUUCUUCCCCGCUGAGGCCAACGGUGGCGUGGCGGCCUUAAAGGCCAUCAGUGGGCCCUAUAGCAAGUUGACCUUCAUGCCCACAGGAGGCGUGAAUGAGAACAACUUGGAGAAAUACUUGAGCCUUCCCCAAGUCGCAUGCUGCGGCGGCACUUGGAUGGUUCCCCAGGAUCUGGUGGCUCAGGGAGAUUGGCGGAAGAUCAAACAGCUGGCCCAGGAG